AUGAUUUGCUCUGAGCGAUUGCCUCUGUACUAAAAGAAAAAACAGAGUAUGUAUGGCGCAGGGCACAUACCCCCAAUACUUGAAUAAGAAUUAAACUAUUUGUAUAACUGAAGAAGAAUAUGUGGAAUGUGUUUAGGAUGAAGUCUUCAGAUGGGUGGAAUGCUCCAAUUGGGAUCAUGCUCAUGUCAGCCACAUGUUGGCUUUCGCAACUGAUUAUAGCCGGCUCAUCUCAAGUGCAGGACACUGUGUCCGUCUCGUUGCCAGGUGAUAUAAUACUGGGUGGACUGUUUCCAGUACAUGAGAAAGGCGAGGGUGCCCCGCCAUGCGGACCAAAGGUCUAUAAUCGCGGUGUUCAGCGCUUGGAGGCGAUGCUCUAUGCCAUCGAUCGUGUUAAUAACGAUGCAAAUAUAUUGCCCGGGAUAACAAUAGGUGUGCAUAUACUCGACACCUGCUCGCGGGAUACGUAUGCCCUGAAUCAAUCGCUGCAAUUUGUGAGAGCCUCACUCAACAACUUGGACACAUCCGUGUUUGAAUGUUCCGACUCAUCAAUACCUCAACUCAGAAAAAAUGCGACAUCUGGCCCCGUGUUUGGUGUUAUUGGCGGAUCGUACAGUUCCGUAUCACUUCAGGUGGCGAAUUUAUUGCGACUCUUUCACAUUCCGCAAAUAUCGCCGGCAUCAACCGCAAAAACUCUAUCGGAUAAAUCCAGAUUUGACCUAUUUGCACGUACCGUGCCACCCGACACAUUCCAAUCGGUUGCUUUGGUGGACAUCAUCAAGAACUUUAACUGGUCGUAUGUAUCGACAAUACAUUCCGAGGGCUCCUAUGGCGAAUAUGGCAUUGAGGCCUUCCAUAAGGAGGCCACCGAAAGACACGUUUGCAUUGCUGCCGCCGAAAAAGUGCCGAGCGCUGCCGACGACAAAGUCUUUGAUGCCAUUAUAGGGAAGCUUCUUAAAAAGCCAAAUGCUCGCGGCGUCAUCCUUUUCACACGCGCCGAGGACGCCAGACGCAUUCUUCUGGCGGCCAAGCGCGCUAAUUUAUCCCAGCCCUUCCAUUGGGUGGCCAGCGAUGGUUGGGGUAAGCAGCAGAAGCUGCUGGAGGGCCUGGAGGACAUCGCCGAAGGAGCCAUAACUGUAGAACUACAGUCAGAAAUAAUUGAGGAUUUCGAUAGAUAUAUGAUGCAAUUGACGCCCACCUCUAAUAAGCGCAACCCCUGGUUUGCUGAGUACUGGGAGGACACCUUCAAUUGUGUGUUGCCAACAAGCUCCGACAGUGACAAGAUCAAUAAGGAAGAUAAGAGCAAUGAAAAGGAUAAAGUUGUUUGUGAUGAUACUUUCAGGCUAUCCGAUAAAGUUGGGUACGAACAAGAGUCGAAAACCCAAUUCGUUGUGGAUGCUGUGUACGCGUUUGCCCACGCCCUUCACAAUUUACAUAACGACUUGUGCACAAAAAGUGAUCAAACUGUGGUACCACAACAUCAUCAGCACAGCGAAUCCGUAUGGUAUCGUAGGUCUACGGAUCACCAAUCACAGGCAUGCCCCAAUAUGGCUAGCUAUGAUGGCAAGGACUUUUACAAUAAUUAUUUGUUGAAUGUGUCAUUUGUAGAUUUGGCUGGCAGUGAAGUGAAGUUUGAUCGUCAGGGUGAUGGGCUGGCGAGAUAUGACAUUUUAAAUUAUCAACGCCUGGAUAACUCUUCGGGAUAUCAGUACAAGGUGAUUGGCAAAUGGUUUAAUUCCCUCGAACUUAAUUUGGAUACCCUCGUGUGGAAUAAGGCCAACGAAAUGCCAACCUCAGCAUGCUCCUUGCCAUGUGAAGCUGGAAUGAUUAAAAAACAACAGGGGGACACUUGCUGCUGGAUCUGUGACAGCUGCGAAGCGUACGAAUACGUUUAUGACGAGCAGACAUGUAGGGACUGUGGCCCAGGACUGUGGCCAUAUCCCGAUAAAUUAUCCUGCUUUGCCCUCAAUAUUGAGUAUAUGCGGUGGAAUUCGCUAUUCGCACUUGUUCCACUAGCGAUUGCCGUCUUUGGCAUCACGAUGACGAUAAUCGUUAUUGUGCUAUUUGCGAGAAAUCAUGACACGCCUCUAGUGCGUGCGUCUGGGCGAGAGCUGAGCUAUACGCUGUUGUUCGGAAUCCUGGUCUGUUACUGCAACACAUUCGCCUUGAUCGCUAAGCCAACCAUUGGUUCAUGCGUACUGCAAAGAUUUGGCAUCGGAGUCGGUUUCUCUAUCAUUUAUAGUGCUUUGCUAACAAAAACAAAUCGCAUAUCUCGCAUAUUUCAUUCAGCAUCCAAAUCGGCGCAGCGUCUCAAAUACAUUAGUCCGCAGUCUCAGGUUGUAAUAACGACAUCCCUGAUCGCAAUACAAGUUUUGAUUACAAUGAUUUGGAUGAUUGUGGAACCACCAGGAACUAGAUUUUAUUAUCCCGAUCGCACCGAGGUGAUCUUGAAAUGCAAGAUACAGGAUAUGUCGUUCCUUUUUUCUCAGCUAUAUAAUAUGAUACUCAUUACAAUUUGCACAAUUUACGCUAUUAAAACACGCAAAAUACCAGAAAACUUUAACGAGUCCAAAUUUAUUGGAUUUACAAUGUAUACAACCUGCAUUAUUUGGCUCGCUUUUGUACCAAUUUACUUCGGCACCGGUAACUCCUACGAGAUCCAAAUAACUACGCUCUGCAUCUCGAUCAGCUUGAGUGCUUCGGUUGCCCUCGUCUGUCUUUACUCACCCAAGGUGUAUAUAUUGGUGUUUCAUCCUGACAAAAAUGUUCGCAAGUUGACAAUGAACAGCACUGUGUAUAGGCGCUCGGCAACGACAGGAGCGGGACUAGGAGCGGGAACGGUUACGGGGACGGGAACGGGAAUGGGAACCGGAACAGGUGCAGGUGCAGCCGAGGGAGUACUGACUAGUUCCGGAUAUAGUCGCACUCCAAUUGUAUUGAAUUCUGAAGACGCAUGCUAUGGUACUGGAGUCGGAAUCGGAGUCGGAGUUGGAAUCGGAGUCGGUACUAUAAGUAUGUCAGCAACGGAGCGACCGUCUCCAAGUGUCAGCCAGAAAAGUCGGAGUGCCGACAUGGAUGGAGUUCAAAGUGUUGUCAUUCAUAGGAACGAUGAAUGCUACAACAAUGGUGCUUCCACAUCUGAGAAAUGCGAUUGCGGUUUGGGUAUUGGUGAUCCACCCUGCAUUGGUGUUGAAGAUUAGACAAGAAGUCAGCUUAUGUAGAUAGAGAUGUUAACAUACACAAAUG